AGAAAAUUGUAAUAUAUAUGGAUAGGGAUAUAAAUACCUCAAAGUCUGCUCUGCCGUGUUUGUUCUAGUGUUCCAACUUCCAACGCCCAUGGCUGCUGCUGCUACUUCUUGUUCUUCACUAAGAUGCCUGCAUCAAAGGAUAGUGAAGCUUAAUUGUGGUAAUUUUGAAUGCGAGGAACCAAAACAUGUUGUGGUUUCAACAACAGCCAUACCCAUACCCAUUUCUAUUUCCAGAAGAUGUGCCAUUCUUGGAAUGUCUUCAGUCUUUUCUUUGACCCUUCCAAUGGGAGGAGCUGAUGCCAGAGAGAGACGUAGCAGGAAGAUCAUUCCUCCUGAAGAUUACCAAACAAGUGAUAAUGGAUUGAAAUAUUAUGAUGUGGUUGAGGGAAAGGGUCCAAUUGCUGAGAAGGGAUCAACUGUUCAGGUUCAUUUUGACUGCUUGUAUCGUGGGAUUACUGCUUUGUCAAGUCGAGAAUCUAAACUCUUGGCUGGGAAUCGUGCUAUUGCUCAGCCAUACGAGUUCAAAGUAGGAGAUCCACCAGGGAAAGAGAGGAAGCGUAAUUUUGUUGAUAAUCCAAAUGGUCUAUUUUCAGCACAGGCUUCACCUAAGCCUCCACCAGCAUUGUACUCAAUCACACAAGGAAUGAAAGUAGGAGGCAAGGUUAGCUACCAAAUAUUUGUUUAUCACUAUGGGGCAACACCUGCUGUAGCCUUAAGCUACACCGCGAGCUGUGAUAGUUCCGCCGGAGCUUGGCUAUGGCAAUAAAGGGAGUAAUGAGAUCCCUCCUGGAGCUACUUUUGAACUAAACAUUGAGCUUCUACAAGUGAACCCAUCCCAAAACAACUGAAAGUGAUCACUGUCUCUGUAUCUAUGUCAUGAGUUUAGUUCUUUUCAUUUUGUUCUUUCUCUCUUCAAUCUUAUAGAAAUGCAAAUUUAACUGAAACAUGGAGAAAACUUUACCAUAAAACGUAUGGGGUAUGUUGGCAAAAUUUUAUUGUAAAGAUCAAUUGAAAGUGAUACCUAUUUGUGCCA